AUGGCUUUAAACCACCCAAGUAUUUUGAACAAGUUCAUUAAAUUCCCGAAUACACCAGCAGCUAGAGAACUUAUAAAGCAAAAUUUCUACAACAAAUAUGGUAUUCCCGGAGUGAUAGGGUGUAUAGAUGGCUGCCACUUUAAGAUUGUGAAACCCAACAAAAAAGAAGAACAUCUCUUUUACUGCAGAAAACAUUACCAUUCUUUGAAUGUUCAAAUGGUUGCAGAUGAAAAAUGUCACAUUUUGGCAAUCAACCCUAAAUUUGGGGGUGCUAGCCAUGAUGCCUUUGUGUGGGAGAACAGCCAGCUCAACACAUACAUGCAAACAUUGCAUCGAAAUGGUGAAUCUGUGUGGCUUCUAGGUGACUCUGGAUACCCACAAAGACCGUGGCUUAUGACACCAUAUAAUAACCCUGCACCCGGUAGUGCAGGAGAAACAUUCAAUAAGUUACACAGCAGGGCGCGGAUAACUAUUGAAAAUACAUUUGGGCGCUUGAAAAAUAGAUGGAGAUGUUUGUGUAAGGAUAGGGUGCUCCACUACAAGCCGGAAAAAUGUGCCCAAAUUAUUUUAGCAUGCAGUGUGUUGCACAACAUAGCACUGGAUUUAGGAGUGCCAGAUCCUCAGGAACAAACAAUAGGGUUCUUUUAUUUUACAAUUAAUAAUCAAGAUUUCCCUGAAAAUGAUGAGGUAGAGGAUGAUGUUACCCUGUUGACACUAGGGCGCUUAUUGCGUGAUCGCAUUGCCAGUAGGGUGCAUGCUGAAGCUGUU